AUGACUUCAAAUUCUAGACCUACUAGUAGCUACUCUAUCAAAACGGUGGUCGUUUUGGUUCAAGAGAACCGUUCAUUUGAUCACAUGUUGGGUUGGAUGAGGUCCUUAAAUCCCAAAAUUAAUGGUGUUACCGGUUCUGAGUCAAAUCCAAUUUCAACGUCCGAUCCCAACUCAAAUCGGGUUCAAUUCAGGAACCAGUCCAUCUAUGUUGACCCAGACCCUGGUCACUCGAUCCAAGACAUUUACGAGCAAAUUUUUGGAGAACCAUGGAACGAAGCCUCGGAAACAAAGAAAUUGCCGCCAAUGAUGGAGGGCUUCGCUCAAAAUGCAAUGAGACAAGAAAAACCAAAAGAGGAAACGACAUUGACAAUGACAGAGGCUGUUAUGAAUGGGUUUAAACCGGAUCUAGUUCCGGUUUACAAAGAGUUAGUUAAAGAGUUUGCAAUUUGUGACAGUUGGUUCGCUUCGGUUCCUGCAUCAACCCAACCAAACCGGCUCUAUGUGCAUUCCGCCACAUCACACGGGUUAACUAGCAAUGACCCUUAUAAGCUAAUUGGAGGGUUACCUCAAAAGACAAUAUUUGAUUCUUUGGAUGAAAAUGGUUUCAAUUUUGGGAUCUAUUAUCAGCAACCACCAUCCACACUUUUCUACAGGAAUCUUAGGCAGCUGAAAUACAUAGAUAACUUUCAUGAAUACGGAUUAACAUUCAAGAAGCAUUGUGAAGAAGGGAAAUUACCAAACUACGUGGUGAUAGAACAAAGAUUUUUCGACCUGCUCUCAAUUCCUGCAAAUGAUGAUCAUCCCUCUCAUGAUGUUGGAGAAGGACAAAAAUUUGUAAAAGAAGUGUAUGAAGCACUAAGAGGCAGUCCACAAUGGAAUGAAAUGUUGUUUGUGAUUACUUACGACGAACAUGGAGGAUUUUACGAUCACGUGCAAACACCAGUGGACGGAGUUCCUAGUCCAGAUGACAUUGUUGGUCCUGAGCCAUUCAACUUUAAGUUUGAUAGGCUUGGUGUUAGGGUUCCAACCAUCUUUAUUUCUCCAUGGAUUGAGCCAGGGAAAGUGUUGCAUGAACCUUCUGGACCAUUUCCAACAUCACAAUAUGAGCAUUCAUCUAUACCAGCAACUGUGAAGAAGAUAUUUAAUCUCCCUAAUUUUUUGACAAAGAGGGAUGCAUGGGCUGGAACAUUUGAGAGCCUUUUAACUCUAACCAGCCCGCGAACUGAUUGUCCAGAAAAAUUGGCCGACCCAAUUAAACUACGAGAGAGGGCUGCUAAAGAACGAGCCAAGUUGAGUGAACUUCAGGAAGAAUUGGUACUAAUGGCAGCAACUCUAAAUGGAGAUCAUAGAAAGAGUAUAUAUCCGGACAAGUUAGUCGAGAACAUGUGUGUUUCUGAUGCAGUUAAAUAUGUUGAGGACGCAUUCAAUACUUUCUUGAAUGAGUGUGAAAAAGCAAAGAAAAAUGGAGCUGAUGGAUCUGAAAUUGUUGAUUGUGCCAAUUCAUGUAGUACACCACCAAAUUCCAAAAGUUUCUUUCACAAAAUGUUGUCUUGUGUAACCUGUGAUUGA